AUGCUCAAGCAAGAGCCGUCACUCUCUUUCUUUCUCCCUUCUCCUCUGCGCCUCUCCUUCCCCAGCCAGCUGCGCCUCUCUCCUUCCCCAAGCAGCUGCCUCCUUCUCCUUCCCCACCAGCAAGCAGCUGCCGCCUACGUGACCACCAGCAAGCAGCCGCCCUCGCCUCUCCUCGCAAGCAGCAGCAAGGGCUGCGUUUUCCCUUCCAAACAGCAGCGGCCAGCAGCUAGGCCACCACCCUCUGUGCAGCUGCUCCUCCCCCUUCUGCCGUGAAGGCUGCCGCCACCAACAGCCACGGCCCAGCCGCGUGGGUCCUUCACAACCAUCUAGUCUUCAUCCCUUUUGCUAGUCCCAUCUUUGUGAGCCAUUCUUAUACUGGCCACCCAAUUAUAAAGUGAGGCGCAAAAUUUAUUCGAUUUCUGAUUUCAGUGUAUUGUCUUUUCAAUGCUUCAGCAGCAAUCCGUUAUUCUCUGCUCACUACCUUCAACCAUCAACAAGAAUGUUCCUUCAUUCUCCUUUGGAACCUUCUUUUCUUCUUUAGGGGAGUCCAACAAUUUUUUUUAUUCGUCUUCUAUUUCUUUCAAGUUUCAGAACAGUAGAAGACGUCACUAUUACUCUUAUAAAGCUUCGACUCCACUUCAUAAUUCAUCCAUCAAGAAUGAGGAAGAGAAAUUACCUGUUCAUGUUCAUGGUGUAUCUGAAAAGAUUGUUGGUGUUUUGGGAGGUGGGCAGCUUGGCCGUAUGUUAUGUCAAGCUGCAUCAGAAAUGGCAAUUAAAGUUGCUAUUUUAGAUCCUUCGGAGAACUGCCCUGCUAGUUCUUUAUCACAUUAUCAUAUGGUUGGGAGUUUUGAUGAUAGUGCCACUGUUGAGGAAUUUGCAAAGAGAUGUGAUGUUUUGACUGUGGAGAUUGAGCAUGUUGAUGUUGCUACACUUGAUAAGCUUGAACGGCAAGGAGUUGAAUGCCAACCCAAUGCUUCUACUAUUAGGAUAAUUCAGGAUAAAUAUCUCCAGAAGUUGCACUUUUCCAAAAGUGGGAUCCCUUUGCCCGAGUUUAGGGAGAUACAUAAUUUUGAAAGUGCUAAGAGGGCUGGAGAGUUGUAUGGUUAUCCAUUGAUGAUCAAAAGCAAAAGGCUUGCCUAUGAUGGGCGUGGCAAUGCUGUUGCUAAGUCUGACGAAGAUAUUCCUUCAGCAGUCACUGCUCUUGGGGGAUAUGAGCGAGGUUUAUAUGUUGAGAAAUGGGCUCCAUUUGUAAAGGAGUUAGCUGUCAUUGUUGCCAGAGGAAGAGAAAAUUCUAUCUUGUGUUAUCCUGUUGUUGAAACUAUACACAAGGAAAACAUUUGUCACAUAGUUAAGGCUCCAGCUGUGGUACCAUGGAAAGUAAGAGAACUGGCCACUGAAGUAGCACAUAAAGCAGUGAGUUCAUUGGAAGGAGCUGGCGUCUUUGCAGUGGAGUUGUUUUUGACAGAAACUGGAGAGAUUCUGCUAAACGAAGUAGCUCCUAGACCUCAUAAUAGUGGUCAUCAUACUAUUGAAUCGUGUUACACAUCACAGUAUGAGCAACACUUGAGAGCUGUUAUUGGUCUUCCUCUCGGUGAUCCAUCAAUGAAGGCACCAGCUGCUAUCAUGUAUAAUAUUCUAGGUGAAGAUGAGGGGGAACCAGGUUUCUUUCUCGCUCAUGAACUAAUUAGACGGGCUCUUACUGUGCCAGGAGCAUCUGUUCAUUGGUAUGACAAGUCAGAAAUGAAAAGACAACGCAAGAUGGGUCACAUCACUAUCGUUGGCUCUUCUAUGGGCAUCGUAGAUAGACAUCUAAAAUGCACGCUAAAAGAAGACAAGCCCGAAGGUGCAGUCUCGCCCAAAGUUGGAAUUAUAAUGGGAUCGGAUUCAGAUCUUCCCGUCAUGAAGGAUGCUUCGCUAAUCUUAAAUAUGUUUGGAGUUGAACAUGAGGUGAGAGUUGUUUCUGCACAUAGAACCCCGGAAAUGAUGUUUUCGUAUGCUGGGUCUGCUUUGGAAAGAGGUAUCCAAGUAAUCAUUGCUGGUGCUGGUGGCGCUGCACAUUUGCCCGGAAUGGUUGCGGCGCUUACACCUGUGCCUGUGAUUGGUGUCCCAGUACGGGGUUCCUCAUUAGAUGGACUUGAUUCCAUCUUAUCAAUUGUCCAGAUGCCUAGAGGGGUUCCUGUUGCAACUGUUGCAAUAAACAAUGCCACAAAUGCUGGGCUCCUGGCAGUGAGGAUGCUUGGGGUCGCUGAUUCUGAUUUAAAGUCUAGGAUGGCCCAGUAUCUUGAAGAUGCCAGAGAUGAUGUGCUUGUGAAGGCUGACAGGCUACAAAAGGAUGGAUGGGAAGCUUAUUUGAACAAUUGAAAAACAUUAUGUCUUAAGGUCUUAUUGUGUACCAACCCGUUAACAAAUUUAUCAAUAUUGGAUUAUCUCAUUUUCCAGUGACAACCCCGUCAAAUAGUGUUCAGGAUUCAGGAAUGUACAUUUAUACAAUGGUCAAUUGAUGAAUCCGUGCCCCAUGGUGUGUCGGUGGAUUAAGUAAACGUGCUUUUGAACUUCAGAUUUGAGAAUGUAAAAUAUGAUAUUAAGUGGAAAUGUAAUAUGUGUUAAAAAAACCAUUUUUCAAUUAAAAUUUCAAUUUAUUAUUAGAAUAAAGUGAUAUUUUUAUGAAAAUUUACACUACAUAUUAUUCGUAUUAUCAUCGUUUUGUGCCAACUAAAAAGCUAGUUG